AUGCCAUCAUCAUCUACACCAUCAUCGAAAUGGGACCGUAACGUUUCUGUUAACGGGGUUCCCGUACCAUUUCGGAUAGAUACGGGAGCAGAUGAAUCCGUCAUAUCAGAGACAUGUCUCAAGAGACACUUUCCAGAACUGACUUUGCGCCCGCCUCAUCGCAUACUAUGUGGGCCCGAUGGAAAGCAACUGAAAGUAGUUGGGGUGACAACACUGAACAUUGUCUGUCAGGAUAGGGCGUCCGAUCAGAACGUCUUCGUCAUCCGGAAUCUGAAGAAAAACUUACUAGGCAAGCCGGCAAAUGAAAAGCUACGUUUACUUGGCCAGCUGAGCAGCGUCGAAGCGAACCCAAAUGAUCCGAAAGAAGACUACCCACAUCUGUUUCGGGGACUCGGAAUACUGCAUGGCGAUUAUCAUCUCCGUCUGAAACCGGAAGCCAUACCUUUUGUGGUAACGUCGCCAAGAAGGGUUCCGCUGCCUUUAUAUGACUCAACACACCAGGAGUUGAAAGACAUGGAACGUCUAGGGGUAAUAUCAAGAGUCCAAGAGCCGACCGAAUGGUGCGCGCCAUUGGUCAUAGUACCCAAGAAAAACGACAAAGUGCGUGUUUGCGUCGAUCUCACGGAACUGAACCGCUUUGUUUUAAGAGAAUGGCACCCCAUUCCUUCAGUGAAGCACACACUGGGACGAUUGUCGGGGGCAACGGUGUUUUCAAAGCUUGAUGCCAAUGCCGGAUUCUGGCAAGUUCCGCUAAGCCACAACAGUCGCCUACUCACGACCUUCAUAACCCCCUUUGGCCGGUUCUGCUUCAAUAGACUCCCGUUUGGAAUUUCAUCAGCGCCCGAACAUUUCCAGAGGCGUAUGUCGGAAAUCCUCGAGGGACUCCCGGGAGUAAUAUGUCACAUGGAUGAUGUGCUCGUCUUCGGUUCAACGCAGCAAGCCCACGACGCAAGUCUCCAUGAAGUACUGAACCGUCUAACACAGACAGGGAUGACUCUAAAUCCCAAAAAGUGUAUCUUCGGAGUGGACACGAUCGACUUUCUGGGAAACACGAUUAGCAGGGAUGAUCCCCUACUAGAAAAUCCGAUAUGA